AUGGAAAAAGCCAAUGACAGCUCAGAAUAUGGCUUUGUCCUGGUGGGUUUUUCCGACCGUCCCAAGCUGGAGCUGAUACUCUUCAUUGUAAAUUUCAUUCUGUAUUCACUGGCAGUGCUGGGAAACUCCACCAUCAUCCUCCUGUGCCUUCUGGACCCGCGACUCCACACACCCAUGUACUUCUUCCUGGCCAACCUGUCCUUUCUUGACCUCUGCUUCAGUACUAGCUGCAUCCCACAGAUGCUGGUCAACCUCUGGGGCCCAGACAAGACCAUCAGUUAUGGCGGCUGUGUUGUCCAGCUUUUCUCUUUCCUCUCGGUGGGGGGAAUUGAAUGCAUCCUCCUGGCGAUCAUGGCCUAUGACCGCUACGCAGCCGUCUGUAAACCCUUGCACUACACAGUCAUCAUGCACCCACAGCUGUGUCUGCGGCUGGUGGCCGUGGCCUGGGGCAGCGGCUUGUUUAAUGCCAUUGUCAUGUCACCGCUGACCAUGACCCUCUCCAGGUGUGGCCGCCGCCGUGUCAACCACUUCCUGUGUGAGAUGCCGGCGCUCAUCAAGAUGGCUUGUGUGGACGCACGCGCGGUGGAGAUGCUGGCCUUUGCUUUCGCAGUCCUCAUUGUCCUACUGCCGCUCAGCCUCAUCCUGGUCUCGUAUGGCUACAUCGCCGCGGCUGUGCUGCGCAUCAAGUCGGCUGCUGGCAGGCGCAAGGCCUUCAACACCUGCAGCUCUCACCUCACUGUGGUCUCCUUGUUCUACGGAAGCAUCAUCUACAUGUACAUGCAGCCCGGGAACAGUUCGUCCCAAGACCAAGGCAAGUUCCUCACCCUCUUCUACAACCUGGUGACCCCCAUGUUGAACCCACUCAUCUACACGCUCAGGAACAAGGAGGUGAAGGGCGCCCUCAAGAAGGUCCUAGGGCGGCAGUGA